AUGUCCCACACGUUUACAAAUAUAUCCCUACAAUCAGGAAUAUAUUGUUACGCUUACCUUGGAAUAAAGGACAAAGCUGGCAACUAUGGCAACUUCUGGAGCAAUGGAGCAUUAACUGACACCAGUCCACCGGAAAAAGGCCGAGUAACAGACGGACGUGGACGAAAUGAUAUAGAUUACCAGCGUGAAACAAAUAUUCUUUAUGCAAGUUGGUCGGGAUUUUCUGAAAACGAAACCAUCAUUCAUCACUACGAGUUAGCAUUCGGCACCGGUCCAAAUGAUACCAAUGUUCAACCAUUCACAAAUGUUGGUUUAGUCACUUCAACAUCCAGCUCAAAUCUUCUAGUUUCGGAACUGAAGAAUGGUGUGGUCUACUAUGCACAAAUUGUCGCGUACAAUAUAUUGGGAAUUAGAAGCGAUAUCGGAAUCUCUGAUGGAGUUUUGGUUGAGAUCACGCCUCCUAUAUUUCUAUCGCCGGUCUCCGAUGGAACAUUGUUUGGAUCUGACUUUGAUUAUUCGAGUAAUUUAACGUCGUUGUCAAUAAACUGGAAAUGUGAAGACAAAGAUAGUGGGUUAAGACAGGUCUUUGUCGGGGUUGGCACACAACCUGGUGUUCAAGAUAUCGUUGUGUAUCGCGCCGUAUUACCGUACCAAAAUGCCUACAACUUUGAUGGCUUGAACCUGACAAAAGGCCUUAGGUAUUUUUUAUCAGUGAAAUGCAUAAACAACGUAGGUCUACAAAAUUCAAUGUCUAGUGAUGGUAUUAUUAUUGAUUCUACCCCACCAAUGCUGAAAUACAUAUACAUCGGCAGUAAGCGUUAUCAAGAUUCGCCACAUAUUGGACUAGGUUCUGUCGUAACUGGGAACUGGAAAUUCAAAGACUUUGAAAGCAAUGUUGUUACAUUCACGGUUUCUAUCCAUCAUAUGCAAAAUAGCACACGGGUCGUCGGCCCAUGGAUCUUUCCUGGAAACCAAACCUUCGAAUAUUUCCAUUUGAGACAGAACGACUUGGCGCAUAAAGAACGCUACGUGCUUUCGGUCAUAGCUUUCAAUGGCGCAGGGCUUAGUGCUACUGGUCUCAGCAAAGCUUUUCUUGUCGACGGAACUGCACCUAUUUGCACAGGUAUAUAUGAUACCACUUUAGAUGGUACUAGAUCCAGCUUUAGCGGCCUUACUGCAAAGUUGGUUUUUCACGCUAACUGCAAUGAUGCUGAAACUGGAAUUUCUAAAUACCAGUUUGCUAUAAUAAACCUCAACACAUCCGAAUAUGUUGUUCCAUUCCAUAGUGUGAAAGCGAAUUCCGAUUUAGCAUCUCUCAUUGUCGUUGACGGCUUUGGAAAACAACUCGUUAAACUUGAACAUCGUGGCCACUACCAAGUUGGUCUUCGGGUCACCAACAAUGUUAACCUUACCAGCCAGUACUGGACCUCCGGAGUUACAAUUGAUACUACUGGUCCCAUAUUUCGUAGAGUUAUAUCAUCAUACAACGUUCACGGCGACGCAUUCCAAGUUGUCUGGGAGCUUUUCGAUCACGAGAGUGGUAUAAAAACUCUGUAUUGGUCUUUUAAUACAUCUCCGAAUGUUGAAAAUCCUGAAAAUUUCAUUGAAAUUUCACAAAAUACCACAGAACUCCUAAUUUCUGACAUAUCUUUGAAGCUUGGCGAGACGUACUAUGUUUAUCUUAAAGCUAUUAACAAAGCUGGAUUGUCAACGUUGUUUGUGUCAAACGGUGUGGUGGUUGAUCGAACUCCACCUUCGGCUGGCCGUGUGUCGGCUGACUUCGUGCUAUCAGAAAAUUACGAUGGCAAUCCAAACACGACCGACGGUGCUUCAUUUCCGGUCAGAUGGAGUGGCUUUAUCGAUCAAGAAAGUGGCAUAAGAUCAUAUGAAUGGGCCGUCGGACUAGUUCAAGAAGAAACAAUUGCACUUGGUGACGAUUUCUUCACCGCUAUCCAGUUUACAGGCUCUACUAAUGGCUAUAUUAUUAAAGAUCAGACCAUACAUACAGAUAUAAUAUACUAUGUAUGUAUAAGGGUUACGAAUGGAGCUGGACUGUCAACUACCAAUUGCUCAGCCGGAGUGCGAGUUAAGUUGGGAAAACUAACGCCCGGUGUUGUAUACGACGGACCUUUAGACCAAGAUAUUGAUUUUCAACUUGAUGAUAAAGCAUUAUGGUUUCGUUGGUCCGGUUUUGAAGACCCGGUAUAUGCUCUAAAACAGUACGCCUGGUGUUAUGGACUAACUGCGAGCGCGCAGAACGACACAUUUAAUUGUUUGAGUUCCCUGUCAUCUGUCGAUCCGCCACUUAAAGUUUCCGCGCACAAAUUUCACAAUAUCUCCUUACUACAUGGAAAGCGUUAUAACGCCAAAGUCGAAGCGGUAAACCAAAGAAACGAAAUCGUAUCUGCCAUCUCAGAUGGUUUUACAGUUGAUCGUACAGCACCUAAUGCGGGGGUAUUGCAAAUCGGUGGUUCACACGGUACAAGGACAGUUUAUCUUACCGGAAUUUCUGCCCCUAUCGUGUCAUGGUCUAUGGACGAAAGCGAAAGCGCGUUGCAGGAAUUUCAAUUUGGUAUUGGCACCUUUCCAAACCGUGAUGAUUUGUUUUCCUUUAGCAAACUUGAUGGAAGUACGUAUUCCCUGAAUCUGGAUGAAAUAAAUUUCAACCUAACUCACGGACUCGCUUUCUACGUCACCGUUCUUGGGGUAAAUGUUUUGGGACUUGAGACGAGAAUAACUUCCCCGCCAAUUGUAGUUGAUUGGUUGCCACCAACGCCUAGCAUCGUUCGUGAUGGCAAUGGAACGGAUGACAUCGAUUUUCAAUUGGAUGUAGAACACAUAUCGGCCACCUGGAAUGAAUUUCUUGAUGCAGAGAGUGACAUUGUGGAGUACAUAUACUGUAUCGGACAUAGACCAGGUAAUGAUCUAUUGAUGUAAGACAUAUACGUGCUUUUGGUUAUAGAGUGAUUAAUUUGUAUGCAUUUUAUUUUUCCACUACGUUUUUACAAGCAUAUAAAGACAAAACACAGUAAAAGGACUGAAUAUUUUAACUUCAUAUUUGGUAUAUUAAUUUCACUUUAGUAUUUUAUGUUAAGCUAUACAAAUGAAUUCGAAAGCACGGAAAUUAUGCUAAACCUUUCCAUUACAUGCAUUUUCCACUAAAUACAAAGUCAAUAUCUAUUAAAUACAUCAUUUUUUUUGUAUGCACAUACAAUAUUUAUUUAUCUGUUUUUCAUCUCUAGACUUGUGCAAUGUUCUAAACCGAACCUUUGUGGGCUUGGACCUACGGGCGGAAGCAGAAGUACAACUUCAACAUGGCCAAACCUAUUUUGUAACCGUAACCGGCAUUAAUAGUGCUGGACUGUCAACAACUUCUUCGUCCAACGGAGUAAGAGUAGAUUCAUCUCCGCCUGUCGUCCAGGGUUUCUCAAUAAUUUCUGCGACCAUAAUUGAUCAAAACACGACAAAUGGAAACAUUACUUCUGGCAUCACUGUUAUUUCAACAAACCAGUGCCAGAUAUCCGCCACGUGGGAUGACAUCAUCGACGAAGAAAGUGAAAUCAAACUCGUAUCAGUAUGUGCAACCACAGUUGAGGAGGAGUGUGAUUUACUUUCGUGGCUGGAUCUUGGCCCCGAUUCUUUGGUUUUCAGUCUUGACUUUGAGAGGCCAUUGCAAUCUGGAACCGUCUUUAUGCUAAAACUUCGCGUUGAAAAUGGCGCUGGCUUGAAAACAAUCGUGAAUUCAGAUAGGGUUCUUAUAGACAACAGUGAUCCUGUGAAAGGUUUCGUCAAAAUUGAAGGCAAAGACGGUUUGGUUUUGUUGCAGGAAGGCCAGCCAUUGUUUGCAUCAUGGUGGGGCUUCAGAGACUUUGAAACUGGCGUUAAGGAGUAUAAGUGGAAAAUUUGUUUCGCAAGUAAAAUUUCGGACUGCGUUACUGAGUUUGUAAGUGUUGGUUUGAAGAAUAGCGUUGCUUUAGGUGAUAUAGGAAUCAAUCAUGGCAAAGAAUACAAAUUUGUGGUCAAGGCAAUAAACUUUGCGGGACUAGAAACUGAAUCUGUUUCAAAUUCGUUUAUUCUUGAUAAAACCUCUCCAGAAACAGGCAGAGUAUUCAAUGGACCAGACCCAUCUGAAAACAAGUAUUAUCAAAGUUCGUCCACCGAAAUUUCUGCCAGUUGGAAAGGUUUUCAGGACAAAGAAAGUGGAAUUUCUCGCUAUGAAAUCUGCAUCGGUUCAAUACCAGGUCUUUGCGAUGUUUCUGAGUUCACAACCGUUGGCUUGGCUACCAAUACGCUUGUCAGCAAUUUAAAUCUUACUCACAAUGCGACAUACUAUACUACGGUACGUGCUACGAAUGGAGCUGGUCAUACUAGUUUUGCUUCAUCAAAUGGAAUGCUUAUAGACCUCACGCCACCAAUUGGUACUAAUCCUCGAGACGGCGAAGAUCUGGACACAGAUCUCUCGAUACAGGACAUGUUUGUCAGCACUAACUGGGAUGAAUUUCAUGAUCCAGAGUCUGGAAUUUCAAAACAUGUCGUUUGUGCAGGAACCAUCAUGGGAGCUUGUGAUUUAGUGCCUCCGAUCACUGUGAACAAUGGCCUUGCAGCAAGAAUGACUGUCAAGCCAGCAAUCAGUUCAGGAACAGUAGUUUACUCAACGUUGUGGGCAUAUAACGAAGCUGGUCAAGCGACAGAAUUAUAUACGGAUGGAGUGCUGGUAGAUACUACACCACCAGAUAUAGGCAAUGUAAGUAUUAACUACCAAGCCUUAAAUUCACAAUUUGUUUGAAGGCUAAGGCGAAUACGACUAAUUCUAUUAUAUUCACUUGUUGGGAUCGUAUUGGCACUUCCGGUUGCUUUAAGGAUGUUUGCUUUCCUCGGAAAAGUAGUAAAAGUUAAUACAGCUAACUUAAGUAUGAAUUGUUUCUCAACAGGUAAGUAGAAAAUUACUUUGGAGAAACAUAUACCAAAAGUCAAAAACAAACAUAAGUUUAGCACGUAAGAAAUCUCUUAUAAUACAGUAUGAUAUCUAAAAUAACUUAAACCCCCCGUGGAUGAAAUAAGACCGAUCCACGGCUCACCCGAAGACGACAUGCAAUUUACCUUAAAUUGCCUCUUGGUUCUCCGCAGUCAAUUCGCAAUUAAACCACGUUAAAGCAUCGAUCUGAGUAAUAUAAGGUACAGUAUUGAAACGUGUCGAAACUUAUUUUCAGGUUGAAAUUACGUCACCAAGUACGAGAGUUAGCAACGCAAUCUACCUUACCAGCAAAGAAUCUCUGUGCGCAUCAUGGAAUUCUUUCAAUGACACUGAAACAACUGUGGUGAACUACCACUUCUCUUUGUGCUCGAAGAUGAACAUGAACAACUGUCCUAUUCCACAACGAAAUCUCAAUAAUAAAACAUCCAUAUGUAUCGAAGAACCGCCUGUAAUUGAAGGAGAGACUUAUAUUGUUGUUAUUGCAGCAACUAACGAAGUUCGACUCAGUUCCAAUUCCAAAUCCUCGAAUUUCGUUAUCGAUACAACGGAGCCAGAUGUUGGUGAAAUUAUUGCAUCGAAUCCAUUAGGAGAAACAUAUAGUUUCAUCUCGUCGAGCAUAUUAGCACGCUGGAAAAGUUUUUUGGACAAAGAAAGUGGCAUAUCAGAAUAUCUUAUUUGUAUUGGAAGCAAACCUGGUUUAUGCGAUUUGAAAGAGUCGGUUUCUGUCGGCAAAGCAUCACAGUACACAUGGUACAAUUUGAGUUUGGUCAAUACAGAAGAGUAUUUUGUUUCCAUAAAGAGUGUAAACAAUGCUGGGCUUUUCACGGAUUAUAUUGCCUCAGACCCAUUUACAGUGGAUGCAACAGGUAUGCUCUAUUAUUUAGACUAGGUUAUCUCAUAUCUGAUCAUUUUCAAAUAGUGGCCGUAUAUGUGAAAAUAGUGUUAACUGCAUACCUAAUUUUAAGAAUUUUUUAUCACUGCACAUUUUUGCGCAAAAUUUAGCCAAGCAGAAGCACGCCCUGAAAAUUUCUGAACACACCUUCAUAAUAAUGUGUAACCACAAAACAGGCUACAAUUGAUAUUCAAAAAUGUGAAAACGAACAUGCACUGCACAGCACCCAGGGAAAUUUGGGUACCCAAGGCCAAAUUUGACAUGGGGCCCCUCGUGAUUCCAUCUUCUAACACUAUGAUUAGGGGUCCGGGAGCAUUCUCCCCGAGAACAUUUUGAAAUCUGAGGCGGCCUUGACAGCACCCACAGCUACAACUAUCUAUGACAGCAUAAUUUCAUAAUCACAUGCUUUCAGGAAAGAAAUAUUUUCGAAUUGGCAAAUGAAAGGCAGCUUAGGAGUGACAAACCUCUAGAGGAGUUCCAGGGGCAUGCACCCACAGAAUACUUUGCAAUUUAGGCUUUCUAAAAGGGAAUUUCUUGCAAUGCGCGGAGACAUUCUACACUAAUUACACACUAAUUACAAAAAGAUAAGUCAAUCAUUCACUUCAUCAUCCAAGCUCAUAAAGAGAUCUUUCGUGAGAGACUUUAUUCAUCUGAUGAACCUAAAGUAUAAUAUUACUAGUGCGGACGUUUCUGUUAUUAAUCAAAAUGUUUUGAUUAAUACUGUCAAGUGUCAAGACAAAUUUUUAGUUCAGUUCUUCUGCUCAUGCAUUUUCUUGUUAAUUAACAACUUAUGACAGCAAAUUUUAUCACUGCACAUUUUACAUUUUAUCACUGCACAUUUUACUUUUAUCACUGCACAAAUUGGUUAUCACUGCACACUAAAUUAGGUAUGGUUAACUGUUUCAUGGCCGAAAAAGUAAAGUACCAAAUUGAGGUCAAUAAUACUUAUCCGUAGUUUGAUAUUUUACUUAUAGUUGUCAUCUCACUGCUAGAAGACUAUUAUUAGAAAAUGAAAGGCGAAUGAUAAAUUACGAAUAUAGCGAUAUUUUAAUAGCACCUUUUGGUGUCUUGCAGCUCCGUUUCCAGGCAAGAUUUUUGACGGUUCCGAAAAUGGCGAAGAUAUUGACUAUCAACAAAAUCGUGACCAGCUAUCUGCUUCUUGGUUCAAAGUUGAAGAUCCAGAAAGUGACAUCGUGACGCUUAGUUGGUGUGUCGGAUCAGUGCCUGGAUCAUGUGAUCAAAUACAAAACACAUUAAUCGAUAUUACUGCCACUAAAAUUUCUGCAUUCCUCCAACAACCAGCUAGAGACGGGAAUAAAUAUUACGUCACGUUGACAGCGGUGAAUAGCGCUGGGUUGAGUACCACCAUGGUAUCUGACGGAGUAACAAUUGAUUACACAUCACCUAUUCCUGGAACGAGUGUUGUUGGCCAAAAUAACAAUACGGAUUACGUGAGAAAUGGCGAUACAAUCUAUGCCCACUGGUCAGGAUUUGAAGAUACAGUCAGCGAUAUUAGGUCAUACCAAUUUGCAUUAUGCGAGAAGAAAAAUAUAUCAGCCUGCGUUUUGGAGUUCACAGAUAUUGGUCUUGAAACUAACAUAACUUUAUCAGGUUUGUGAAUUUUCAUGUUUGGUUAGUGGAAUGGUGUUGACAAAAUAGCAGUAUGUAGAGGUUGCGCACGCAUUUCCCCUUUCGAAUUGUUUUAAGAGUAUGUCUGACCCGUAUUUGGCAAGAGUACAAACCAGAGUAUGGAGCAAAAAUAAUGUCUGAGGUAUCUUGUAGCAAUUAGAAGGACAGCGAAGACUCCCCACUUUUUUCAUUUAGGUAUUACCUCCUCCAGGAGGUUGCGUUUUCAUCUGCGUUUGUACGUGUGUGUGUGCCUACUUAAAAACUAUCAAUCGUAUUUAAUACGAAAAUUUGUCGAACUAAUAGCCGUUGCCCAUGGACAAUUUGAUUAGAUUUUAGUUAAAUUUGGAUGAAGAUUGAAAGAAAAAUUGGAAGAAAUUUGUCUUGCUUUGCCCUGCAGAGUGAAGUGAAUGUGCGCUUAGCCCAUUGUAUAAUUUAUGCAUGAUACAUAACUUAGUUUGUCCAGCUAUGCAAUCUUGCAAUCUAUGCAAUCUAGUUAGUUCGCGCAAUCCAGCUGUUCAUUGAGGAAAAUUAACACUAUCGAUUAACUUCCAGGUCUUGAUCUGGAGAACACCAAGGGAUAUGUUGUAAUUGUUCGUGCUACAGAUUUUGUUGGCUUGACUGUUGAAGCAACAUCGAAUGAAUUUAUCGUCGACGAGACGCCACCACUUUCUGGAUGGGUUUCGAUUGUUAGUUCAUUAGCAACAGAUUUUGACGUGAAACAAAUUACAUCAAGGUAUGUUUGCAUAUAUUUAUACAGUAUAUUUUAUUUGCAGAAUAUCAUUACCACAGUUAAUUGAUAGAGCUGUCUCCCUAAAAAUAGUUACCUGUCUUAUUUUAAGUCUAUAUAUUCUAAAUAAAUUUUUAUUGAACCAAAAGUGAUUUGAUAUUUUUUAUAUUAAAUUUAGUUGAAGUAUACCCAAGAUUGAAAUUUGCAUAUGGCAGCACCAUAGAUAUCUUAUAUACACUAGAUAGCUAGUGCAUCUAAUUAUUCUGCAAUUCAAAAAUUGAAGCCGUGAUUGCAGACUGAGGAUAUUCCCAUGAAACGAGAAGACUCGUAUGUUCUCUAUUUCUUAAACAGGGAACUUAAACAUUAAGUUAAACCUAUUCCAAAUACAUUUUCAAACUAUUCAAAUGAUGAAAGUUAUUGUAGUUUUUUAAGCGUUUAUUAGCGAGUGGGAAACUCCAACAUGACCGCCAUCUAUUCAAAUGGGGGUAACCGCUGGAAUAUUCUUGGCUUCAAUUUUACUAAAAGUGAUGCGCUAUCUAGUGUAUAUAAGAUAUCUAUGGACGGCACACUUUACCAGGAAGCGAAGAAGCUUUCAUUUACAUUGAUUUGUUUUACUGUUAACAACUGUUAACGUCUUUAAUACCCCCGAAUGAAUCACCUCGCUCUUGCAGUGAUCCUUAAAAGAUAGUGGCCCCUAUGAGCUGUUUAUCUCGAACGUAUAAUAUAUUAACAAGGGCUUUCCCACGAAGGACUUUCGCUCGAAACGUCGAAAUUCUGCUUCUAGUAUAUUUUUUGGUUGUUGUAUCUCUCUUAAUUACGCAGCUGUCUUGUUAUCGUCGCUAGCCACACUGCCACCGGCCGUUUGAGAUUGAUUUUAUUUUUUCAGAUGGGGAAACUUUUAUGACCCUGAGUCUGAAUUAUCUCACUAUGAAAUCUGCCUUGGUACAUCACAAGGAGAAUGCGAUGAAAUUGGUUACUUACCGGUGGGGUUAAACACGACGUAUACAUUCAAUAACCUGACAUUACGUCAUAAGGAAGAGUAUUACGUCACAGUUAAUGUUAGCAAUAUGGUUGGACUUUCAACUGGAGUGAUAUCAAAUGGCAUUAAGAUCGAUCUUACUCCACCUGAACCAGUAAAACAUAUGGCAGGUGGUUCUUCCAAUUCGGACGGCGUUUGCAAUGCGUUAUUUAAUAGUUGCAAUGGAGAAACAGGUAAUUUGCCACAUUUUACUUGCUUAUUUUUUCUCCCAUUGAUCUUAUAUAUAUAUACAUUAUAUGUUCUAAUUCCAUGCAUGAGAAUUUGUAUUUUCUUGUGUGGAAUGUUUCAGAUAAGUCAUGCUAAUUUACAUAUGCAUAAUGUAGCUUUCUCAUCGAAUUAGCACUUGCUAUAAGGAAAUCGUUUCUAAUUUGAAUUUGAUUUUUGUGGCAGAUUUAAGAUUAAAUAUGCCUUUCUGUCACAUGUACCUAUUCUACAAAAUCGUAUCUAGAAAAUUUUAAUUACCUUUUGUUUCCAUUAGGAUCAGAGAAAGAGAGCGAAAUCAAAAUUUCAUGCAAGGAUGACCUGAUAAAAAUCACAUGGCUAUCUCAUGAAGAUAAAGAGUCUGGUAUAGCCUUAACCGAAUGGUGCAUUGAAACUGUCAAUGAUACAUGUAAUAUACAGAGCUGGGAGUCCCUAUCACCGAACACAGUCACUGUCUCUGCUACAAUCCAUUCUCUUCCUACGAUAACAGGUGUCGAAGUGGUCGUUCGCAUUACAAAUGGAGUGGGAAACUAUGUUCUACUCAAGUCUUCUCAAUGCAAUCCCGAACGAAUAUUCCCUCCUCUUAUCAACGUUUCAGUCGUCCGCCGUUUGAACGAUACGAGACCUGCGUCAGCUUACCAAACCGACACAGACGUAAUCAUUGUUACCUGGUCAUUACCACAAAAUAAGUCUUUGUAUUCGGGUGUCCAAGCCGCUCUCACAAAAUAUGACCAAAAUGCUGUCACAACCAUACUUGAAGAAUGGCAUGGGGAACCUCUUGUUUUUAAUUUCGUGGACAUCCCGAGCGGAAAGUCGUACAUAAUAUUUAGUGGUGAUAGAUUGAAACCCUACGUCAAAUAUCGCCCAGUAGUAAGACUCUGCAAUAAAUUUGACCUUUGUACCGAUUCCAGUGGUGAUCUUAUAAUAAUAAUUCCGGACGCUCCUCCUGAUCUACAGGUUAACACGACUGAUACAGUUCAAGGAACAGAGCAAGAUCGCUGGCAAAAAUAUGUUAGUGGAAUCCCACGAUUACCGCGAGAAAUCUUUGAAGAUACCUUAUUUCUGCCAGAUCCCCUUAGUGUGCUGAUUAAUGCUAACCUCAAGAAGGCAAACGAAACGACACUUUUUAACAAGCAUGUGCCUAUAACAUACCAAGCAAGCGUGUAUCGAGUUACCUCUGGUGCGAAUGAAACGAGAAAUGUAACGAUUGACAGUCGACAGGUAUUUAAUGACUCGCAUCUUUAUAGCGAUUUGGACGUGUGUUGUUCAAAAACAAAUAAGUUGCCACAAAUUGUGUAUCCAGAUCGGCAGUUCAUACCGGUAGCGGAAACGAACUUAUUUGGCGUCACGGUUAGUGCCUUUGGCAAAGACUUAAUUGUGGCAUCUUCCCAAAAUGCAGUUUAUAUGUUUUCGACAGAAUCAUUACAUAUCACGCCCAUUGCACAUGUAUCUUUCAAUACGAGCAUCAAUGAUAGUUACGUUAAAGUUAAAGCAAAAAAUGAUACUAUUUUGGUGUCAGUUACUGGAUCGUUGAUGUUACAGAAGCAGAACCAUGACAACCUUACUUCAAGAAGCUCAUUCUUUUACAUAACAAACUGUAAUCAUACAAUGACAGAUGCACCUGAACAUUGUUCUGGCGAUAACCAGUGGUCUUCUUUGGAAAGCAUGGGACGGGAAUUUGCAUACGACGGUACUGAGAUUAUUGCUGUCAGAGGUAGGGAUCCUCAUGAAGGCUACGGUGUUGUUGCUGUUUUUAAGAAUGAUACUAAAGGAUGGAGAUUACAUCAAGUACUUGGACGUGAAGAAAUGGACUUCUCCGUUCCGUACAGUAUCGCAGUAAAUCAGGAAUUCAUGGUAAUAGCAAGUUCUGAAGUUCGUAUAUACUCGAAGAAAUUGGAUUCUUUGUGGAAAAAAGAAACAACACUUUCGGAAACCUUCCCUCAAAAUAUUUUGAGUGCAAAAACCGUGUAUUUGACGAAUGAAAACGAACUAUUCAUACUGACAGUGCAAGCAAGAACGUUGCAUGUUUUUGAGCUCGGAACCUCGCCAGUAAGGGCCAUACGGAGGUGCAAAUAUGUAUUUCCCAGAGACUUUGUUCUGAGCGGUGGUUUGGAUGUUUCAGAAAGCAGUGGGAUAAUUGCAAUUGGAAUGAGAUCGGGCGGACGAGAUGGUGCGGAACUGAUACUUUACGAACGCAACGAAGGUUGCAUAACGAUUGGUGGAGCAUUUUCUAAAACGGAGUCACGCUUUGAUGAUGGCCAUCCUGGUGCAACGGUGGCUAUUACAGAAAACCACCUGAUCGUUGGAACUCCCGGAAAAGUUGCUUGGCCAACCGAUUAUGUAAAUGUGGGAACUGGACGACUGUACGUUACGACGUUUUGUAAACGGAAUCAUGUGCGCAAGAAAGUUUUCGAAGCCGACCAAAAGGAACGUGUCAUGUGCACUCCGUGUGGACGAAACGAAAAGGCAUAUCCUGGAUUUCAAGAGCAAUGUACUAAUUGUAGCAACAGUAUUUGUUUGAAUUACUCGACGGAUGCAAGAUUUAAGGUGUCGCAUUGUGACACUUAUCCUUGUACCGUAGAGAAUAAUCGAACCGUUAUACAAAAUGUGUCCAGAGAUAACUUAACCGUUACUGAAUCGACACAAGACUUUGAAGAUCAAGAUUUUUAUCUGCCAGGAUCCACACAGAGUUACUUCAUCAGACUGACGCAGUUUUCAGCUACUGGAACGACGAAAACCUCCGAUAGCUUUCCGUUUUCCAUUGAUUAUUCUUCACCUGAGGCUGGUUCGGUUUUCGAUGGGCUAGGCAGCGACGAUACGCGAAAUUGUUCAAAAAAUACGACGUUCAGUUCCGAACACCAAUGUACAACCCGGAGUUUCUCUGAAACAGACUUAGAUUACACCAACAAUACUUAUGAAAUCAGUGCUCGAUGGAUUGACUUUCGUGACAACGAAAGCAACAUUGCGCAUUAUUUCUGGUGUGUUGGUUCGGAACCACUUCAUGAUGACAUCAUGCUGUGCGAAAAUGCAACAAGCCACCUUAAUAGGACCCUCAAAGGCUUGUCAUUACAACAUAAUGAUAAGUAUUACGUAACUGUAUUGGCGUGUAACUACGCUGGAUUAUGUACAGCCAAGUCAAGUGAUGGGGUUUUGGUUGAUACUACUCCACCAAUACUGCAUUACGUGAGAGAUGGAUUGGUCGGACCGGAUAUCGACUUUCAGGUGAGUUUGAUUCAAAUAUACUAAUUGGUAUAUAUAUUAAACAUAGAAUUAUUCAGACCGAUGUUAAUGUUAUCUGAUUGUCAUGACUGCAUAGUGGCCGGCGGGAAUGAUGCAAGAAAGCAUAGCAUUUACGAGAAAAUAAUAAAUACGUGUGCAAUAGUUAUUGAAUGGAGAAUUGUCAAGCCGAAGUUUGUGUUAAACCUUGAUAAUUAUUUAAUAAUUGCUUUAUUAUUUAUUUGGGCAGCCAUUUGUGUUGUAACAAUUUCUCACCCCUUUCGGCAUUCGUAAUUGGCAUGACGUUAAAGCGUUUAAUACUAUUUUUAUAUCAACGUUAUGAAGUCACUCCGUUAAAACUCCAUAUUUGGUCAGCUAUUGAGUUGAUUUGACGACUUCACAGAUGGCUGAUAGCCAAUCAGAAAUCAUUUAUUCUUUUAAAUAAAUAAUAACAACUUUUGUCACAGCCAUGUAUUGCUUCGGAUAUGGCUUUCGUCAGCAGCACUUGAGAAAGGUAAAGAACACUUUGACCUUUCGAGCGGAGAAUCUUUCUUGUGAAGUUCAUAUCCAAACAUUAAUUAGCGUAUACUCUCGUUUUAGGUAUUUACGAAUCUAAUAUUUGGUAAUUGGGAAGCGGAAGACCCCGAAAGUGGUGUGGUAUCUUAUGAAAUAGGCUGGGGAUCGGAACCGGGCUUGGAUGACGUCUGGGAAUUCCAAGAAUUAGGCAAUGCUGCAAGGUGGUACGCGAAAUUCGGUAACGGUGGUCUUGAAAAAGGGCGCAAAUUUUAUGUCACAGUCAAAGCAAUUAACGGGGCGGGUCUCGAAUCGGAGCCAAUGACAUCCAACGGGAUCACAGUUGGAAAAACCGAAUUUGUAUUUUCGAAAAAUGAUUCAGGUUCAUUCUUCUUCGACACUGUGAACGUUGACUCGAAUGCAACUAUGGAAGAUACAGAGGUCGGAAAUACAUUUGGAACUGUAGAUGUUCCACCAGGAGCUGUUGACGAUGACGUUAAAUUUCAGGUGUAUAGUGUUGGAGAUAAAGAAUUCAAGAAUGGCACGGAUGACAAUACAACUGUUGUCGACCCAGAGGUUGUUAAACCACCCAAGGUAAAAAUGCAUGCAUAGCAAACUAAAUUUAAAAACAACGUAAUUUUCGAAACAAAUUAAUUAUUUUCAUGUGCUGCUUAAAAAUUACUAUUAUUUAAGUACUAACCAGCUUUCGUACACCUUAUCCGGUUUAAAAUUUCAUGACUUUUCCACGACUCUUCAUGACCAUUUUUCAGAAAUCCAUGACUUGGAAUUUUAAAAUAUUGGUAAAUAAAGGCCGAAUAUCUAUUCGAAACACCGGCCAAAAGUUUACAUGCGGUCACAGAAACUACCAUAAAUGCAUAAUGAUUCACAUCCAAUUUUCUAGCAAAAAGUACGUGCAAUUAAAAAUUGUGUUCAUGUAAAAUCUCAAUUUCCAUGACUUUGAUUUUCCAGUCCUGGAUUCUGAGAUAUUGAAAUUCCAUGACUUUUCAUGUUUUCCAUGAUCCGUACGAAGCCUGACUAAUAUGCUAGACAACAGGAAGAAAAUGCCAGAAAGAACUUGUUUCGCAUAGAAUAGUCGACAUUUCGCAUUUCCAGUUUUGACUGCCGUUGUUGUCCUUUUAGCGACUUAAUGAAUAGUGAUGCACAACAAUACUGCAGAGGAAUAACGCCGGACGUUGAAUUCGAAGUUGUAUUCGUUAACUGCAGUAUUGUCUGGGAUUUCAUUCGCUAAGAUACGUUGAAACCUUGCUCUAAUGCAUGCAAUUCAUUCUAAAUGAAAACAAUUUCUAUAUAUUUGUCAUUCAGUUUCUCUGACUAUAAUCAACUUCAUAUUAGCAAAUUGCCCAAUUGUUUCCUUGUAUUUUGUAGCAUUUCAAACUUGGCGACUACAGUUUUCAAAUUAAAGCUUACGAACCAGAAAAUAACACGUUGCAGUCUCAAUAUCGUUUCAAGAAACCAAUAACAAUAACCUUGGUUUAUGACGUCGAUCAAAUGUUGAAAAUAAACAAGAAGGUUGUCAGUGACGAAGUGACAAAUGAAGAGAUUGAUCCUGUACUUUUGCUUUGGGAUGAGAAGAAUCAAACAUGGUAUUUUAGUUUUGCCAUCUCAGAGUAUUUUCCCAUACAAAUUCCAAGAAUAUUUUCAAUCUUAAAUUGAAUGUCAUCUCUUCCAUAUUUCAUAUUGUGAGCACUUUUACUAUAAGGCCCCAUUUACGUGAGACCGAGGCGAAAAUCACAAAUCUUUAAUUCCUCUUGCCCGCCAUUUUCUUUUGUACAGUGCUUUUGUGAGCAUGCAUUGUUCCAAAGCGAAGAGCACAUCCGAAACCGGUCUGAAAUGUAUUUGUGUUUACAUUCAUGCCCCGAAUUCAUUCCGGUCUGAAGACAGUCGUUUUCGGUCCAGCGAGCGGGAUGACUUCAGACCGGUUUGAGCAAUUUUUCAUCCUGGUCUCAUGUAAACAUCUAUCAUAAAUAAUUAUCUGAUCGAAAUGACAUGUCCCGGGCCUAAUCUUGUCAUUUAUAAAGUACAUUUUGAUACAGGUGCUCCUUUUUCGGAAAAUGGGGUUACGUGAUCAAUUGUAUAGUACCAAAAGUCCUCUUUGUUUUUCUUACUUGCCCGCCUGCCUGAAGAAUAAUUCACACCACAAUACUAACUGAACAUUUGUUAGUACAUAGUGUUCUUAGUUUCGAUGGAUAGUUUUAAUAUGGUUACAUUUAUUUUAUCAACAGGUUUGAUGCGGCGAAAACAUGUCCAGAACCAUGGACACAAGUUGACAAGAAGGCGAAAGUUCUCAAAGUAAACGUUUGUCAUUUGACUCAGUUUGCCUUAUUUUGGACUUUCGAAGCUGAAAACGGAAUAUUUGAAUUUGACAAAGGAACUAAUGGUAUGGACCAGCUAAUCCUUUCUCACAAUCGUCGAUUUUAAAUUACCUUUAGGAUGUUUUGAAAGUUUCGCGGCCAUUUUUUCUGCCUUUACUGGUAUGAUGAUGCAUGGUGACCUAAACUUGAUCUGACAUGUGCUAAUGUCUGGUCCUUUCAUCCAAUUAACGUAAGGCAGAGAUUUUAGUAUUUUGUUUGUUCUUUUUAGACACCCAAUCCAAACCUCCUCCACAUGCUCUUAUCGAAGAAGACAACAACGUGAUCUAUAGACCGGAGCGAUACGGCGGUCAAAUGCUUUUAGAUGUGGCCAGAUAUAAAGGUUCUACAGGUGCCAUAAAACUCACAUGGGGUGUCACUAUCGAACCAAACGCGCCUGCCUCAUUUGUCGUCUCUCCUAUGUCAGGGGAAGUUGAAUUUAGCGAGGGACAGUGGAACUCUUCUAUUCACCUGCGGUUUCCAUUCAUCCCCGACACCAACCAGGAGAUUGGGAUUUUUGUGAAAUUGCUAAAUGUAUCUGGCGGUGCAAUGCUAGGGAAUUUUACCAGUGUGAAAAUUACAUUUCCAUCCAAUGUUGGCGAUGAUGAAGUGACGACACCCGUCAAAGGCAAUAAUAACAGCAACAAGAGUGAUGUUAUUUUGAAGAUUCUUUUGCCAUGCUUAAGUGGUGCAUUGUUGAUCAUUGGGGUAAUAGCAGCUAUUAUCGUUUUAUGCAGAGGUCGGGAUAGGUAAGGAUGUGUAAUAUAUGGUCCAUAGAUGGUCAUCAUUGCUAUGGUUGCAAAUUGCUGUGGUUGUUGCAUGUAAUUUUAGAAGCGAAAGUUUCGGUGAUAAUUUCAAGUACAAUUUGCCUGACAUGAAAGUAUUAUUCUGUAAAAUUUUAUAACCACAACGGAGCUAUACCAUACGAAAAUUAUCAUUAAUGGUAAAAAUAACUUUUUUCUCUUUUUCUUCAUAGCAAAAAACGGGUCAGAAGGAAUUCGGUGUAUAGGAUUAACCCUGUCUUUGGCAUAUCGUAAGUAUACUUUUUCUGCAGAAAGUACAUUAAUGUGUCUACAAGAUGUUAUCACUUGAUUAAUUCGAAAGUGUUAUAUCUCGAAAUAUGAGCGUACCAAAGCUUCAAAACAGUCAAAGUCGAAAUGGCAUAAGAAAAAAUAAAACAAAUCAAUGUCGUUAUGUCGUAAUAACAACAAAUAUGAUUUUUAUAUAUGGGUAAUAUUUGGAUCAUUCUGAGAAGAAAUGUAAUAUACAUUUUUAGUAAAAAACGUCAUGUAUAGAACUUACCGGAUAUGAUGUCAUUAGAUGAAAUAUAAAUUACUUUGCUUUGUUUUUCUGCUGAAAUUAAAAUUCAACUAGUGACAUCAUAUCCGGCAACUUUGACUGUGAAAAAGUUGAUUAAUAUGAGGUUUUUACUAUAAACAUACAUUACUUUUCUUAGAAUGACCAAAAUAUUGCAACUUAAAAUAUAAAAAGCAAAAACUAUCUAACUAUCUGUUAAACACUAACUAUCUACCGAAGAAAAAUUCUAGUGGGAAGAGAAAAUGACAUUUAAUAACGUUUCCAAGACUAAUAGUACUUUUUUAUUAUUUUAGCCAAAAUCUCGCUGUAGGACAGUCGGAAACAUCAUUUACAGACCAGGACCCACCAUAUUGAACAAUAAAUAACUGCACCGGCUGUGGCAUUCGAUUGGAAUUUUUAAGUAGUGUAUUUUAAGUUGUGCAUAUUUGUAGUAUAGUCUAUAUAUUAAACGAGAAGUCCCAAAGGACAUGUAGGUAUAUAUUGCGUAGAUUUAAUUGGGAUGAUAGAUCUUUUUGUUGAUCUGUUUAAUAUGAUAUGCACAUGCUAUGUAGUUAAAGAAAAAGGCAGCAAAAACUAUGCUUAUCCAUUUGAAAACACGUUAAGAAUAAUUACAUAACCAUUUUACAACUUUUCGCUAAGUUUGUUCUUAAUUUCUGAGAUAUUUGGGACCAAAACAUCCCACCAUCUUGUUUUAUAAUUAGAUCUAAUUUUAAUGACGUCACAACACAUAAAUAGUCUAUUGUCUUUAACUUUUGUCUUUUCCAUGUAGUUCUGUAACUUUUGCCAGGUUGGUCUUCGCAUGGGAUCCAUGUCCUACUGACUAAAUGCUCAAUCAUACAUUCAACAUGUAUUAACAUUUAGUAUUUUUAUAUGGUUGUAAAGUAAAU